CUUCGCGCCGUGAUAGGAAUAGAGGAGGAAAUCGAUUCGAAGCACAUUGCCUCCCGCAGAUCUCUCUCCUCCUCCUCUCUGCUCCGCUCAGAGAAGGAAGAGAGAGAUCUCAGGUUUGUCUGUCUGUUCCAGUCUUUUUCGAAGCGGAGGAAGAUCACGGCCGAGAUGGCGGCAAUCCCUAAAGUUUUAGUGGCCGUUUUGGUUCUCGCCUUGGCGACUGUUGUGCCGUCCGUCCAGGCUCAGGCUCCCGCCCCAUCACCUACCAGCGACGGCACAUCAAUCGACCAGGGGAUUGCUUAUUUGCUAAUGCUUGUGGCCCUGGUUCUCACCUACCUCAUCCACCCCUUGGAUGCCUCCCCCUACAAGCUCUUCUAAGCCUUUCUAGGAUUGCAUUUAUGUCUGUGAGGAAGGGAUUGGUGGUUUGUCUUGCUUGUACUUGCAUUAUCAUGGUGUGGGAUUUGGACAUUUUUUAAUGGAACUAUCAUGUUGAUUUAUCCUAAAUAUUCUUGUUGCUGGUGCA